AUGAAUGAGUGCUACAACCAGUGGAUAAGAGGAUGUAUACGUUCAAAAUUGGGUCAAGAACACCCAGACUUUGACAAAAAACUUGUCAACUCUUCGUUAGAGGGACAAACGGACACAAGCUAUGGCCACAGGGUGCGCAUUCCCUCCGAGGCGCUGAGGAGGAGCCGACGACACGACUCCCAUGACGAUGUUGACAUGAUCACAUCUGUGCUGAACAGCUCGUUCUUCAAGGGUCAGGGGGACGUCCUGGAGCGGCGGGUCCUUGGAGUGUGGGUGGGAGAACAGGAAGUCAAUCAUCUCUCCCAACCAAUCACGGUCAUGUUCAGGAGGACCAACUCCUGUACAGCAGGGCUGUGUGUGUUCUGGGAUGACAACAGAGGGAACUGGAGCACAGACGGGUGCAACACCUCACUUUUAGAAGACGGUUUUCUCUGUAGCUGUGAUCACCUGAGCUUUUUUGCCAUCCUCAUUACGUCUCCUGGAGACGAGACGCUCAGCGAUGACGACCUGCGCCGCUUGAGCUACAUUCAGUACUGCGGCUCGGCUCUGACCGUCAUCCUGACUGCCCUCACCUGCUUAAUGUACCUGAGACAGAGCAAGAGGAAGAAGCUGGACCACUCCAGCAGCAUCCACCUCCAGCUGUCACUCGCCCUGCUGUUGCUCCACGUCAGCUUCCUGCUCAGUGCCUGGGGGGCGGCGUGGCAGACAACGCAGGACCACCGGCCAACCACAGCAGUGUGUCAGGUCCUGGGGGCGGGGCUCCACUGGGCGCUGCUGGCCACCUUCAGCUGGAUGGCCAUCGAGGGUCUUCACCUGUACCUGCUCCUGGUGCGAAUCUUCAACAUCUACGUCAAGAGAUACCUGCUCAAGCUGGCCCUGUUGGGCUGGGGCCUCCCCUCUGUUACAAUGUGUGUGUGUGCAGCCCUGAGUGUGUAUGGACCUCACCGGCUGGAGAAUGACAUGAACAACAGCUCCACAAUCUGCUGGUUGUCUGAAUCGAGUGCAGGAUCGGAGGGUUGGAGAAGUGUGUGUGUUUCAGUGCUGAAAUACCUGACUGUACACGCCUACCUAGGGGCCGUGCUUCUCUUCAACGGUGUGAUACUGCUGCUGAUUGGCCGUGAGCUGUUGGGGGCGGGACCUCGGCCGGUGCAGGGGCGUGGCCGAGUGUGUCGUGACGCAGUGACCCUGUUGGGCCUCAGCUUUGUUCUGGGCCUGCCCUGGGGUUUGGCCCUCUGCUCACACGGUCCUCUCACACACAUCGCCACGUACCUCUUCACCGUCCUCAACGGCCUACAGGCUCUCACCUGCAGACGGAACCAGCAGGCCGACUUCUCCUCAAACACCCAGUCCACUACAGCAGUCCUCACCGUGACCUCUGACCCCAUCAAGACAGCAGUCCUCACCGUGACCUCUGACCCCAUCAAGACAGCAGUCCUGACCUCUGACCCCUGA